AUGGCACCCGUGGUCAACGUCCUGCUUGGGUCCUUACCCGGCUUAUCGCUCCCUCCUACAAUUUGUCUGCCCUUGUCUGCUUCCUCAACUACUGAGGAAUUAUUGGCCAGUGUCGCAGAGCUACUGCCACGCAGUUUACUGGACUCUACUCGUCUGAUCCUAACCUCCACCUCAAAUCGACCCAUAUGCUCCUCAUCCACGAUCACUCUCAGAGAUCAGAGUGCUAUUUCCUCCUGUCAACAGGAUGGAGGCAGUUGUUUCCUCCCCGUCCGCAUGUCCGCACUACUGGUGGGAGGAAAAGGUGGGUUCGGGUCUCAACUGCGGGCGGCUGGAGGUCGUAUGUCCUCACGUAAGAAGCGCCAGAAUGCCGAACUUGCCACAGGUAGUGCUCGCAACUUGGAUGGCCGACGGCUCCGGACCAUAACCGAAGCAAAGAAUCUGGCCACGUACCUGGCGACCAAGCCGGAAAUGGAGCGGAAAGAGAAGGAAGAAAGACGCAAAAGAUGGGAACAGGUCAUCGAACUCGCAGAACAGAGGGAAGCUGAUAUGCGCGCGGGUAAGGGCCAAGAUGGUCGCCGUAAGGGACUUAGCGACGAAUGGGUCGAGACGAAGGAGGAAGUUGGAGAGAAUGUACGCAACGCUGUCAAAAUGGCUAUGAUGGCUGAAGAAGACAAGGGGAAAGCUAAGCUGUCUCCAGAGCAAGAAGGUGAGAGCAGUGGCAGUGGAGGGUCUGCUGCUGCCAGCGAAGACGACAGUGGGGACGAGGCUUUGAUGGUGCUAGAGACAGAUGAGAUGUCCCUGCUCAAAGCCGAAGCAGAAGCUGGGGAUUCCGAUGCGAUCUGGGUCCUGGAGAAUCGGCUAAAGAUCCCCGCUCAUUUGCUUCCAAAGCCCAAGCCACUCGUUCGACGCUUUAUGGGCUUUGACGACGAAGACGACUUCUCGAGUAGCGGCGACGAGGAGCCGGCAUUGGGCAAGGGAGAGGGCAAACAAGACGAUACCACGACGUGA